UAGAGUAACAAAAUAAAAAAAAAAGGCACAUAAACUCGUCUUUCUCUCUAACACACACACACACGAAAAAUCCUCUUUCUCUCUCCUCCGCGCUCCUUUUCUCUUUGCCCCGUGCUCUUUGUCGUUGAUUCCAAACACCAUAACCCAAAAACAUCGUUUCAAAUUCUUGCAUCAUCAUCAUCAUCAUCAAAAACUGCAACUUCAACAUUUGAUUUUUCCAGCUUCAAUUAGUCAAAUAUUUGAUUCAUCUCUCUGUUCAAUUUUCUCGAUUCAUCUCUCUUUGAAGUUGUGGUGCUUACAAUUGGGGUGAAAAAACCCUAAUUUGGCGUUGGUAGGUUUCGUACUUGAUCUGGACGACUAGAAACCCUAAUUUCGUGUUUGGUCGAUUUCUAGGGCUUUUUUUUGAUGCUGAUUUGGUUCUUGAUUUGGAAAAUUAGGGUUUAUGAUUCGAAGUGGCUGUUUGGUUUGAUUUGUUGAUUCAGAUUUUGGGGCUGGCAAUUGCAGAAAAUAAUAGCUGGUAAAUGGUGGAGGCAGUAUGCUGCUGAUAGUUUGGAGAAAUGCAAAGGUAUCAUGCUGCUAGCUGCACUAGUUCUGUCAAUAAUAACACUUCUCUUGGUGGCAUUUCCAAUAGAGAUACUUCUUCCCGAAGCAGCGCUGAUUCGUCUUCUUUGUCUGCUAACUUCUCCUUGAACUCUAGGCGGGCUUCAGCGCUUGCUCCAUUCAGGUUGAAGUGUGAGAUUGAGCCACUCAAUUCUCGUCUUGGCCCACCUGACUUUCAUCCACAAACUUUAAAUUGUCCGGAGGAGACUCUCACCAAGGAAUAUGUGCAAUCAGGAUACAGAGAAACAGUUGAGGGACUUGAGGAAGCUAAAGAAAUCUCAGUCACACAAGUUAAUACUUUUACGAAGCCUGUUGUUCUCAAAUGCAAAGAGGCAAUUAGAAAACGUCUCAGGGCUAUCAAUGAGUCUCGUGCCCAGAAGCGUAAGGCCGGCCAGGUUUAUGGGGAGCCGCUUUCUGGAUCCUUGUUGAGUAAACCUGGUGUCUUUCCGGAGCAGAAGUCUGCCGGUGAAGAUUUCAAGAAGAGAUGGAUUGAGGGCUUAUCUCAAUACCACAAAAGCCUUCGGUCUUUAGCUGAUCAUAUUCCUCAUGGCUAUAGGAAGACGUCUUUAUUUGAAGUUCUUAUCAGAAAUAAUGUUCCUGUGCUGAGAGCAACAUGGUUUAUCAAAGUGACCUAUCUUAAUCAGAUUAGGCCUGGAUCUUCCAGUGUCUCCUCUGGGUCUCCUGACCGAAUUCAGUUGUCACGUACGGAGAUUUGGACCAAGGAUGUCACUGAUUACUUGCAGGGUCUUCUGGAUGAGCUUUUCUCAAGGAAUAAUUCUCACUCCGCUCCUCUAAAUAGGGAUCGGUCACAACCAAUGCUAUAUGCUGGGUCAUUGCAACAGAAAUUUGAUCCUGCAUCACUGCCCAAGGGUUCGGAGGAGCCAUCAUUGCAUUUUAAGUGGUGGUAUGUGGUGCGUAUUCUGAAUUGGCAUCAUGGAGAAGGACUUAUCCUUUCUUCUCAAAUUAUUGAGUGGGUUUUCCAACAAUUUCAGGAUAAAGAUUUAGUUCAGGUUAUGCAGUUCCUCCUUCCAAUUAUAUAUGGUGUACUGGAAAUGAUUACUUCAUGUCAAACAUAUGUGCGCAAACUUGUGGAUGUCACUCUACGACUUCUCAAGGAUCCUUCUAUUGGAGGUUCUGAUUUAGUUGAUAAUUCUCGGAGGGCAUACACUUGUUCUGCUCUUGUUGAGAUGCUUCGGUAUCUGAUACUGUCUGUACCGGAUACCUUUGUUGGCCUGGAUUGCUUUCCAUUGCCUGGUCUGAUAAUGUUUACAGAGAGUGAUGGGUCCCUUUAUUCCAAGUCACCUAUUGAUGGUGAACACCUGAAGUGUAAUCCUGUAGAAGCUCCACAUGUUCCCAGCGACAAAGGCGUUGAUGUUAAAUAUCCAUCAUCAUGGUUUAGGCGGGUAGUCUCAUCGAUUCAGAAACGAACGACUUAUCUCGCAAAGGCUGCUAGCCCUGGCUACUCUGGGCAGAAUGUCGCUAAAGCUGUACAGGCCUUGGAUAAAGCUCUAGUGCAGGGAGAUGUUCAGGAGGCCUACAAGUUACUCUUUGAAGGUUUCUCUGAAUCAUCUGUCCAUGAGGGCUGGAUUGCAGAAGUAAUCCCAUGCUUAAGGUCAUCAUUGAAGUGGUUAAGAUCUGUUAGUCCUCCAAUAGUUUAUUCCGUGUUUCUUCUUUGCGAAUGGUGUACUUGUGAUUUCAGGGAUUUCAGAACUUCACCCCUUCACGAUGUUAAAUUCACUGGAAGAAAAGAUUUUUCUCAACUUUAUGUUGCUGUUAGGCUUAUGAAGCAGAAGAUGAGGGAGAUGCAAAGAUCUGAAAAGGCAAAGAGAAGUUCUGAAAGGAGGGCAGAUGGAAGUGGUUAUGACAAAAGAAAUAAUUGGAGAAAACUAGAUAAGAAUUGCAUAGAAACAUCAGAAUUUUUUGAAAGCCCUGGUCCUUUACAUGAUAUCAUAGUAUGCUGGAUGGAUCAGCAUGAGGCACAAAAAGGUGAAGGUUCUAAGCGUGUCCAAUUACUUCUCAUUGAGCUCACGCGCUCUGGAAUUUUUUCACCAUUGGCAUACGCAAGGCAGCUACUAGUAUGUGGAAUUAUGGACAAGAAUGGCUCUGUGGUUGACCCAGAUAGACGGAAGAGACAUCAUCGUAUCUUGAAACAACUUUCAGUUUCCUGUAUGCAUGAUGUUUUUGAUGAAGCACAGAGUGCAGACAGAUCACUCCUUCUGGAAGCAAUACAUGUCUACGCUAAUGAAAGGCGCCUUCUUCUUCGUGGACUACUUGGGGAUGAUCAUAAACAAACUAGAAGUGCUAAUGUUGCAACUAAGAAGCAUAAAGAAAAUCCAGUCUCUUUACCUGCUUCUGUAUGCCAGUUGAAAUCACUACAAUCCUUUUCAGAGAUGUCUCAUAGUAAAAGCAAGAAAAAUGAUCCUGCUCUUGAGGAACUGAAACUCUCUAUUCUUGAGAUAUUACUUCUACCAAAGUCGAUUGAUGCUGGAGUUGAUGAAACUCAAGUGAGCAUGAAAAGGUCUGCUGGACUCAUUUCCAGUAAGCUAGACACUGUAGAAGCAACACCCGGUUGUGAAGAAUGUCGAAGGGCAAAGAGACAAAAAUUGGGCGAGGAAAAAUAUUCGCUAGUCCAAGUUCCCUCAUCAAACCCAUUAGAUGAUGAAGAUAAAUGGUGGGUGAGAAAGGUGCCAAAAUCCCAAGAUGCCAUUAAAGUCGAUCAACCUAUUAAGCCGAGCAAGCAGGCCCCAAGAGGUAGACAGAAGUCUGUGCGUAAAACACAAAGCCUUAAUCAAAUUGCUGCUGCUUCAAGAAUUGAAGGAAGUCAGGGAGCAUCCACCAGCCAUGUAUGUGACAAUAAGAUCGGAUGUCCGCAUCACCGGCCAGUCCCAGAAGGAGAUGCUCCCAAAGCCGCUGAUCUGAAGAGAGCAACCAAUGGCAAAGAUAUUGUUUCAAUUGGAAAAUUGUUAAAGCGGCUUAAGUUUGCUGAGAAGAGGAGCAUAUCUGCUUGGUUAAUUAGUUCUGUCAAGCAGGUUGUUGAAGAGACAGAACGAAUGUCUACCAAGGGUAGCCAGAUGAAUAGGCCUUUAUCUUCUGAUGAGAAAAGCUCAGGAAGGUGGAAACUUGGGGAGGAUGAAUUGUCUGUCAUACUUUAUUUGAUGGACAUGUGUAGUGAAGUUCCUUUGGCAAUCAGAUUUCUCAUUUGGCUGUUCCCAAAGGUCCUUGGUAAUCUCAAUACCCCUAUACAUGGUGGAAGGAAUAUAAUGAUGUUGUCUAGGAAUGUGGAAAGCCAUGCAUGUGAAGUGAAGGAGCCAUAUCUUCUUUCUGCUAUUCGGAGGUAUGAGAACGUAAUUGCUGCUGUGGAUCUUAUUCCUGAAAUCUUGUCGAGUGCAAUGCAUCGUGCUGCAGCAGUUUUGACUUCCAAUGGCAGGCUUUCAGGUUCACCGACCUUCUUGUAUGCUAGGUAUUUGGUGAAGAAAUAUGGCAAAGUUACUAGUGUAAUAGAAUGGGAGAAAAAUUUCAAGGCAACUUGCGACAAGAGACUUAUAUCUGAAUUUGAAGCUGGAAAAUUGCAAAAUGGAGAGUUUGGUUUUUCUUUUGCUGUUCCAGCUGGUGUUGACGAUCUUGAUGAUUUUAUCCGCCAAAAAAUUAGUGGUAACCGUUUGUCUAGAGCCGGUAUGAGUAUGAGGGAAAUUGUUCAGAGAUGUGUCGACGAUGCACUUCAUCAUCUUUUUGGCAAAGAGAGAAAGCUUUUUGGUCCUGGUGCGCAGAAGAAUGCUGGCAUCGAAAAGUGGGAUGAUGGGUAUCAAAUAGCCCAACAAAUUAUUCAGGGGCUUAUGGAGUGUAUCAGGCAGACAGGUGGCGCUGCUCAAGAAGGGGACCCUUCUUUGGUGUCUUCUGCUGUUUCUGCAAUUGUAGGCAAUGUCGGACCAGCUAUUGCAAAAAUGCCUGAUUUUACUGCGGUUAAUAAUCAUUCGAAUUACCCAGCUCCAACGGGGUCGUUAAGUUUUGCUCGUCGAGUUCUACGGAUACAUAUAAAUUGCCUUUGUCUACUCAAGGAAGCACUUGGUGAGAGGCAUAGUCGUGCAUUUGAGAUAGCUCUUGCUACGGAAGCUUCUUCAGCUCUUGCUGGAGUCCUUAUGCCAGGUAAGGGUGCUCGAGGUCAAUUUCAAUUGUCACCUGAUGCUCAUGAACCUAGCAUGAAUAUGUCAAAUGAUGUUCCAAAUAAUUCUGCAAAAGUUGCUGUUGGAAGGGCAACAAAGAUUGCUGCUGCUGUGUCUGCCCUUAUCAUUGGGGCAAUUAUUCAUGGGGUUUCGGACCUGGAGAGAAUGGUAACAGUCUUCAGGCUGAGAGAAGGUUUGGAUUUGGUACAGUUUGUUAGGAGUUCAAGAACUCACUCGAACGGAAAUGCUCGAUCAUCUGGGGCCCUCAAGGUGGAGAACGCGCUUGAAGUUUAUAUCCACCUGUUUAGGUUACUUGUUGGGAAUUGUAGAACAGUUUCUGACGGUGUAAUUGUGGAUCUUCUUGGUGAGCCCUCGCUGUUGGCACUUUCAAGGAUGCAGCGCACACUUCCUCUUAACUUGGUGUUACCUCCAGCUUAUUCAUUGUUUGCGUUCAUGAUCUGGCGGCCAUUUAUCUUCAAUAUCACAGUGGGAAGUCGUGAAGAGGUCCCUCAGUUGCUACAGUCUUUGACCUUGGCUAUUGGCGAUGCAAUUAAACAUGCGCCUUUUCGGGAUAUAUGUCUGCGAGAUACUCAUGGUUUUUUUGAUCUUGUGACUUCUGAUGCUACUGAUGCUGAGUUUGCAUCUAUACUAGAGUUGAAUGGCUCUGAUAGACAUCUGAAGACUAAAGCCUUUAUACCUCUGCGUGGUAGACUUUUUUUGAAUGCAUUAGUGGACUGUAAAUUGCCACAUUCUGUGCCAUCACAGGAUGAUGGGAACCGAUUAUCUGGGGCUAAUGAUUCAAAGGUGAAAUAUGGAGAAAGCGAAACAAAGAUUUCAGAUAGGCUUGCACGUGCUUUGGAUACUUUGCAGCCUGCUAAAUUUCAUUGGCAGUGGGUUGAGCUUAGGCUCUUCCUUAGCGAGCUAAGCCUUAUUGGUAAACUUGACUCCAAUGAUACACAAUCAGUAGCUGAGGCUAUCCGCUCUCUUACACCUAAUCCUGACAAGGGUGGUUCUUUAGAGAAUGAGAACAACUUCAUUCCGAUUGUCUUGACAAGGUUAUUGGUCAGACCAGAUGCUGCUCCUCUUCUUUCAGAAGUAGUGCACCUUUUUGGAAGGUCAUUGGAGGAUUCGAUGUUGUUACAUGUUAAAUGGUUUCUAGAAGGACAUGAUGUUCUCUUUGGAAGGAAAUCUAUAAGGCAGCGUCUUGUGAACUUCGCCGAAAGCAAAAGCUUUUCUACUAAGGCCCAGUUCUGGAAGCCCUGGGGUUGGUGUAAUUCUAGUUCUGAUGCUUUAGGAAAUAGGGGAGACAAAAGGAGAUUUGAAACUCCAUCUGUUGAAGAAGGUGAAGUAGUUGAAGAAGACUUCAAAAGACAUGCCAGAGGUGCCUCGAAGCUGCCAGAUCGUGAAGGCCUCAACACUAACCAACAAUUUGUGACAGAGAGAGCUCUUGUUGAAUUAGUUCUUCCUUGCGUUGAUCGAAGCUCUGAUGAUUCUCGCGUAAGGUUUGCAAGUGAGUUGAUAAAGCAGAUGAGUAACAUUGAACAACAAAUAAGUGGGGUUGCUUCUGGGUCCAGUAAGCAGACAGGAUCAACUCCUUCUGGGACUGAAGGUUCUACAAAUAAAGCUAGUACAAGAAAGAGCAUGAAAGGAAGUAGCCCAGGCUUAGCCCGUCGAGCAGCUGCAGUGCAAAUUGAUACAGCUCCAUCUUCACCUGCAGCUUUGCGGGCAUCAGUUUCAUUGCGACUUCAGCUCCUUGUGAGACUGCUUCCUACUAUUUGCGCAGAUGGGGACUCGUCAGGCCGCAGCUCACGGUUUAUGCUUGCAUCAGUCAUACUCCGUCUUCUUGGAAGUAGGGUUGUUUAUGAAGAUAUGAACCUGGCUGUCAACCCUGGACGAGGAUCUCCAUUGAAGGAGGCUGAGUUACAGAUGGAAACCUGUGCUGAUGUUUCAUUGGAUUUAUCAGGGAAGAACUUAUUUGAUUGGUUAUUGCUAGUAUUACACGCAUUGCUAAGCAGUUCCCAACCCAGUUGGCUCACAUUAAAAUUUCCCUCCAAGACUACCGUUGUGUCCGCUAAAGACUUUGGUGGAUUUGAUCGUGAGAUCUUGGAGAACUUACAGGGUGAGUUGGAUCGAAUGCAGUUGCCGGAUGCAAUACGAUGGCGUAUUCAGACAGCCAUGCCAAUUCUUGUACCUAACUCACGAACCUUGAUAUGUUGCCAGCCUCCUCCUCUUUCAUCUACCGCUCUUGCUUCACUUCAACCCAGUAUUGUGUUUUCAUCUAACCAAGCAAGCCCAUUGCCGAAAAAUUCAGUACCAUCUGUACGCACAGCUACAUCUGCUGCAAUGCUGGGAAAAUCGAAAGCAGCAGCCUUGCAACCCGAUAAUGACUUGGAGGUUGACCCUUGGAUGCUUUUAGAAGAUGGGGCGGGUUCAGGCCCUUCUUCUAGUAACGCUGCCAUUAUGGGUGGUGGUGACCAUGCUAACCUUAGAGCAUCUAGUUGGCUGAAAGGGGCCAUCAGAGUGAGGCGGACUGAUCUCACUUAUAUUGGUGCUGUGGAUGAUGAUAGUUGAUCCUAUGUAAUCUUGUAAUUUAUUCGGUCUCAGAAUGAGCAGAUCCUUCAGAGAAGUAAAUCAAUGAUUUAUAUGGUGCAUUGAGAAGGUAAUUAUCUUUCUUCUUGCUGCCCUCUGCUCUCGGUGCGAGGAAGGGCAGAUGACCACAUUGUUGCUUUUGGCCUGGAGGCAGAGGAUUUGUGCUACCUGGUUCCAAGAUUCUAUUCCUGCCCGAAAUGGCCACCCGCCUGAAGUCUGCUUCAUCAACUAACCCCAUGAUCACCGCUGCCCCAAGCAUGGGUCGGAGGCUUGUAUAUAAUUUAGAUAUAAUGGUGACCUUGAUCAGUUGAGCCGAGUAAAAUCUCUGCUCUGUAGUCUUUUUUCUUUCACCCUUAAAAUAUCAUGUCACAUUCUUCUCCUUCUCCGAAGCCCCGAGUAUAUGGUCUCAAGAAAGCUAAUCCAUGUUGUAAAAUGUAGCUGGGGCACAGGUAUUUUGUUUAGACUUUGGAACUCAGCAUUGCAGAAAUGCCAUUGUAGAUGAUGGGUCUGAAAAUGGCUAUUUGGCUAACUUGUUAGUAGAAAUUUAAACAGUGUUAGCUUUCACGAGGGCGAUCACAGCCUAUUGUUAUAAUCAUUUUUUGGGUGUUCAGUAA